ACCGGCUUUCGCCCGGGCACGCAAACGCAAGCAGCAAUGGGCUUGUGUAAUACACUGAAAACUUAGUAUUAUGUUACAUAUUGUCAUAUAGUCCACCCAACGACGACAGCUUCCUACUUUCUUUGCGUUCUUGCCCGUAUCGUCAACCGAAAGCUGCUUGUCACACAGCGCACGUAAAAGGUUGCCAUGUUGGACGGGGCCCAGUAGCUCGGCUCUAGCAACAGGAGGCCCCGGUCAACUGCAUGUAGCGACGACCCGGCCACAGCCCCUUCUCAAUGGACGACUUCGGUGAUUUUGACAACCGGGAGCCGCUUGCACUGGGGCUGGAGGAGGAGGAUGCGCCGGCAGUUCUGCGCGCACCCAGCUUUGGUGCUACCAGCAUUGGCGGUGGUUCAGCGUUAAGCGACCACCCGCCGCCCUCACUGCCAUCAGCCGCUCCGGAGCCGCUGCCACCAGCAAUCGGCAUCAGUCUCGCGCCGACCAGCUUGGCCCCGGACCCGUUUGGGCUUCCGCCUGAGCUCACUCCAUCGACAGCGCCUCUGCCCCUGCCGCCCCCGAGCACGGCGAGCCCGUUGCGGCCACCAAGCAGGGGCCAGGCGGAUGACUUUGGGCUGCUAGCAGAGGCAGGACCCACCCCGCCAGGGCCGUCAGGGCGUCCCCCCCUGGGCCCCAACAGCGGCUUGCUCUCAACGCCACCACGGCCCAUGUCGGCUGCUUCAGGCUCGCCAUCAAUUCUACGCCAGGACAGCGCCACAAGCAGCAAGCUGGGGGGCCGUAGGAAUGUGCGGAUGGAGCCGAGCCCCGGGCAGACUGUGGUGUACAUGGAGCCGGCCUCAACGUUUGGGUCGCCAUACACCCCGGAGGCGACCGCCAACAUCAUGGGGUCUCCGUUGUAUCCGGGUGUGAGCCCCAGCAGCCGCCCAGGCAGCGCGAGCGGCCGGCGUGUCAGCGUCAGGGAGGGCGGCACGGUGUACCCGACACGACUGCUGGCCACUGGUGACGCAUUCAUUGAGGACACACCAAUGCAGGGGCCGCUGAUGUCGAAGGACGAGGAGGAGGGUCUAAACAAAAGCUUUCGUUCCGGUAUCGUGCAUGCUGGCUGGCUGCACAAGCUGGUGGGGAAGACGCCGCUAGACGUGCACUGGAAGAAGUACUGGGUGAGUGCGGGCUGGGAACGGGGCUGGGCUGAUUGGAUUGCUGCACCACUCGAAUGACGCCCCCCUGCCCCUGGCACCAUGUCCCUGCAUGUGCCCGCACCGGACGCAUGCGCACAUGGCCAGCACUGGAAUA